GGUAUGGACAAAUUGGAGCCUUCAUACAUUGCUGGUUUCAACCCUUCAGAGACCAAGAUUCGAACACCUGAUGGGAAAGUGUGGCAAGAGGCUGAGUUUCAAAACAUGAGUAGAGAACUGUACCAAGAUUUAGCACUUCACUUUGCAGAUGAUAUCUCUGUAAAGGAGAAACCUGCUGAAAAAAGUAAGGAGAAGAAAGUGGUCAAGCCAGUACGAAAAGUCCAAAAGGUAGCAUUGUUAUCAAGCCCAGAAUGCAAAACAGGUAGUAGUCAUCUAAUAAGUACUUCUUCUUGGAGAGAUGGACAAAAAUUAGUGAAGAAGAUUUUGGGGCCUGCACCUAGAGUGGAGCAAAAAGAGCGAAGAACAGCAUCAAGUGACAGAAGUGGGAGAGAAAGAGCUAAUAAAUCUGGGGGUCAUAUUGGAAGAGCAGAAUCUGAUCCCAGGUUGGAUGUUUCACAUAGACAUCUUCCACGAAGCUUAGAACGUUCAAGAAGUAGAGCUCGGUCUGAAAAUAAUAUAAAGAAAACAGCUCCAUCUCUUCCAGACAAUAAACAGGAGGAAAAUACUGCCUUAAACAAGGACUUUUUACCUGUUGAAAUUCGUGGCAUUCUUGAUGACCUACAGCUGGAUUCUACAGCUCAGACUGUGAGGCAAGAGACUGGAGAUUUACAGAAUCCAAAGUCAUCAGCACCUGUACAAGCUCCUCGGAGUCAUAGCCCAGUGAAAAGAAAACCUGACAAAAUAACAGCUAAUGAAGAUCCCCCUGUUAUUUCCAAAAAGCGCCACUAUGACACAGAUGAGGUACGACAGUACAUUGUUAGACAGCAGGAGGAAAGGAAAAGGAAGCAAAACGAAGAGAAGAAAGCUCAAAAGGAGGCUACUGAACAGAAGAACAAACGAUUACAGGAGCUCUACAGGAAACAGAAAGAAGCCUUUACUAAAGCAAAAAAUGUGCAUCCUUCUGAUCCAUCAGCAGCUAGACGACUACAGGAAACUUAUUCCAAAUUCCUUCUAGAAAAGACUUUGCUUGAAGAGCCAGCUCAUCAACAUGCUACACAGGAAACACAGCCCAGACCAGGGUAUCAGCCAUCUGGAGAAUCUGACAAAGAAAACAAAGUACAGGAACGUCCCCCAAGUGCAUCUUCUAGUAGUGAUAUGUCUCUGUCAGAACCUCCACAGCCUCUUGCAAGAAGAGACUUGAUGGAACCUACAUGGAUGCAACCUGAGAGAUUGAGCCCACGGGUUCACAGUUCACAACUGCAGCCUCUUGUUGGAACAGCUGGAAAUUUACUCUCCCAUCUCUUGAAUCUAGAACAUGCAGGAAUUUUGCACAAGGAUUUUGAAUCUUUUUUAACAACCAGGAAGAAUCAUAAUAUGGCUUCAGGGCCAUUAACUUUUACACCUCAACCAUAUCUGACCUCACCAGCUGCUCAUCCAGAUGCCUUGUUAAAACCUUGUGCCAGCCAAUAUAAAAGUAAACUGGAUCGUAUUGAAGCCUUGAAAGCAACAGCUGCUUCUUUGUCCAGCAGGAUUGAAAGUGAAGCCAAGAAAUUAGCUGGAGCCAACAUUAACUAUGGGUCAAUGUUGAACACUGAGUACGUUGUGCAGCAAGCAACUCAAGAAAACGAACCUUGGACUAAGGCUGUAAGUCCACCUGUGAAAGAGGAUACAGAAGAUGUUUUCUCUGCCCGGAUUCAGAAGAUGCUGGGAACUUGUGUAUCUCAUGCAACUUUUGAUGAUGAUCUUCCUGGUGUAGGCAACCUUAGUGAAUUUAAAAAACUUCCUGAGAUGAUAAGACCUCAAAGUGCCAUAUCAAGUUUCAGAAUGAGAUCCCCUGGCCCUAAACCAGGAGGGCUGCUGGCACAGUUGUGUAAGAGGCAGACUGACUCUUCUAGCUCUGAUGUACAAGUUUGUUCUCAAGAAAAAGCCAAAAUGACUCUUUGUUCCAGCACAGAUUCAGUCAGUGAAGGGCCCCUUCUUAGUGAAGGGAGUCUGUCUGAAGAAGAGGGAAUUCAGGAUGGACGGUCCCUUCUAAAAGUAGCAGAAGUUUUAAAAGAAAAGGAAUUUUGUGCUGGAGAAAGAAAUCCCUAUGAAUCCAUCAAAGAAUUUCAGAAGGAAGCUGAGAAGUACUUGCCACUUUUGGGGCACAUAGGUGAUACACAAAGUAAAGGACCAUGGGAAGAAUUGGCAAAGGGAAGCCCACAUAGUGUCAUUAAUAUUUUUACCAAAUCAUAUCAGUUAUAUGGAAAAGGUGAGGAAAAGUAA